AUGACCCUGGAUGAACUAGUAGGGAACUUAAGGACUUAUGAAAUAGAAAUUUAUAGAACCAAAGAACAAGAAUCUCCUGAGAAAAUCUUGGCAUUGAAAGCUUCUGAUAGUGAUGAGGAAUUUGAACUUGACAAGGAUCAAGUUGCCUUUAUAACUAAGAACUUCAGCAAAUUCUUUAAGAAGAAGAAGGGAACAGGUCAAACAGUCAAAACCUGGCCAACAGAUUUUCUUAGACCAAAAGGAACAAAACCAGUUUUGGAGAAGGUGAAAGAAAAUAAGAGGCACUGGUACUUAGAUAGUGCUUCCUCAAAAUACAUGACAGGUGAUAAGAAAAAAUUCCUUUCACUCUCCAAAACAAAUGGAGGAGGAGUUUCUUUUGGUGAUAGAAAAAAGAGAGUCAUUACUGGAGUUGGAAGAAUUGGCUUAUCUGAUUCAAAAGCAUUGGAAGAUGUCUAUCUUGAAGAAGGAUUGAAGCAUAAUCUGCUGAGCAUCUCACAAUUAUAUGACAAAGAAAUCAAUUGCUGCUUCUCCACUCUCUCUCUCUACAGUCCCUCUCUUCUCUACCUUCUCUCUAAAACAAAACCAUUCCCAACCACUAGCCACCUCACCGACCUUUGUCACUGCUCUGCCUCCCUCCAUUCAUCCCCCAACAGCAAUCGCCCUGUGUCACCAUCGACAAAACAACUGCAGCUACCACCAUCUCUCCUUCUCAAACAGCUGCCACCGUCGCUUUCUCUGUCAUCACUGAGCUCCUCUCCCCCCACCAAUUGCUGCUCUAGCCGGCUCCACAACCGAUCCAGUUCCAGCCCAACACCAUUUUGGCAAACACCAAUUUCUACUUCUUUGUUUCGUGUAGUAUCUCGCGUCAAAAGAGUUAAUAAUUCUGUAAGGGAGAGCGUUAUGAGACUUUUUACAUAUCCUUGGAACGAGUGGUGGGACAUUCCAAUAGUUUCUAAACAAGCCAUGUUUCAAGAGUUUAAGACAAUGUGUUGUUGGUUGGCAAAGUACGAUCAGACCAUAUCUACAAUUUUUGAGAGACAUGCUGCUAUGUCACAUAAGAUUGCACAUCUUUGACGUGCCUUGACAUAGGCCAUUGCUCCUAAUUCAAGUAAUGAAGAGGAAACAAAGAGUGAUGAGGAGUUUGUUGAGGCUACUCCUUAGUGUUGUUGGACUUGAAUUUUAGAUAAUUUUUAGAUAUUUUUGAACUUAGCUUUUAAUUAGUGAAAAAUCUUUAGGAGUGUUUAAGUAUUUUGAAUGUUGUUGGAUUCAUUGUUUAAGUGUUGUUGAUUUGAAUUGCUUAAAUGAUUUAUUGA